GGUUUUCCAAAGGCGUCAAGCUGGACGCCCCAACCACAGAAUCGCCCCAAGGGGCUUUCCCAAACCCCAGCAUCAUGAGCUAUGGGGACGAGCUCACCCCAGAAGCUCUGAGUGUGCCAAGCGGGUUUGAUGAUCUGAUCACCUCCACCGCUUCCCAGGUGCUGCAGGCUAUUUCUAAUGCCGCAUCCGCAGUUGGUAGCUCAGGCCGGGAUAGUGUGCUCUCCAUGAUCCAUAAGCUACCAGGCCAUAUCUCAAACAUUGGCAACCUGGAUGACACAGCAGGUCCUAUGGCUUCAGAGAUGGUGUCUCAGGAUGAGCGGGUACAGUUCUGGCUAGUAAUAGGAUACACCAUAGUGGUAUUUGCUGCCAUACUAGGCAACUGGGUCUUAAACCAUGUGAUUUUGAAGUACAAGAAGAUGCACACUGCCACCGGCCUCUUUGUCGUCAACAUCUCCGUGACCAACAUGAUGCUGGCUUUUCUCAGCUCUCCCUUCACCAUGGUGCGCUAUCUGUGUAAUUCGUUGGUGUUUGGGAAGAUGACAUGCCACCUCAGUCGUUUUGCUCAGUACUCUUGUGCCUAUGUAACUGUGAUGACCAUGGCUGCUAUUUCCCUGGACCGACAUCGGGUCAUGCUAUAUCCCCUGAAAUCCCGAAUUACUCCAAUGCAAGGCAAUGUUUGCAUCAUUAUCAUUUGGAUUGUGAGCACCUGUGCUGCUUUGCCACAUGCCAUUUACCAAAAGCUUUACCAAGUGGAGAUUGGAAACAUAACUGAAGAAACUGUAUGCCUCCCCAGUUUCUCCUAUACUUCAAAAUCCACAUGGAAAUAUCUUGACCUGAGCACCUUUUUGCUCUUCUUCAUCUUGCCAUUGAUGGUGCUGAUGGUUGUCUAUGGUCAUGUGGCCAAAAAACUGUGGAUCCAUAAUGCUGUUGAUGACAUCAACAUCCACACCUACAUUUGCCAGCGUGGGAAGAAGAAGCAAAGUCUGAAGAUGCUAAUGAUGGUGGUGCUUGUCUACACUAUUUGCUGGCUUCCCCUCAACCUCUAUCUGGUGCUGCUCUCUAGUGAAUCCAUCUCAAGCCACAAUGGUCUCUACUUCUUCCUCCACUGGCUUGCAAUUAGCAGCUCAUGCUACAACCCUUACAUCUAUUGCUGGCUCAGUGAUAGCUUCCAUAUUGAAGUUCAGAAGGUCAUAAUGGAUAUCCAGAAGAUGCUACUAGAUGGAAUCAGCCGCCUGAGAGGGGAGCACCGCCAACUGAGCUCUGCCUCACCCACUAACCACCCUGCUAGGAUGGAUCCCAAUCCUGGAGUGCCCAAAUUCCCACGAUUCAAAGAUUUUGAUGAGCUACCCAGUCCUCCUCCAUCCCCAGAGGUGGAAACCUCCUUUCUCUACCCCCCAGUGCCUAGAGUUUAAGCUGCCCAGACCGCGAUAGAUUAUCCAUCCUCAAAAACUCAGAUAGGGUGGGACCAAAAUAAUAAGUUUCAUUCAUUUUACAUGGUCGGGGGAAUGGAGGAAGGGGUUGGAAUUUGAGGGAUGAGGGCCAUGUGAGCCACCAAAUGUGUCUUACUUGCUCUUUCAUUUUCUUCUGUCUGUAUUUCCUCCUGUUUCCUUUCCAACAUUUUCUUGCUCCCAGCAGUAAGUAAACUGAAGAUAUUAGAUCUUCAGGCUCAUCAGAGAUGUUUUUUACAUAACUCAAAGGAAAGUUACACUAUGCCUUGGGUCUCCUAAAUUUCAUCUCUGAUUCUGGAGACUGUUCUCUUCUCCAUUUUUGUGUGCCCACCUGGCCAUGGCACUUGUGUUCUGACAUCUUAGACAUUGUCUCAGAGCCCCCAGAGAUUACUUAUAUUUAUUUAGCUGAACAAGAGGUCACUGUCCAUAUUGUGUCCAAAAUCUUCCCAGAGAAAUAACAGAAGAGAAAUUCAUAGUUUCUGAAAUUUAUUUGGGUUCUCUAGGAACUAAGAGCUCCCUAUAAAUGCAAGUAGUCUUAUCUCCUCAUGGAAGAAUGAGAAUGAGAAACCUUACAGGAAAGACAAGGCAGUUAAAUGGUUCACUCCACAUCACCUGGGUUAUUUCUCCAGAAUGCAAAUACAAUAAUUUGAUGAUAGCUUUCCUUUAAAUGCAGUGACAAUUCAAGUGCCCAAGUUAGUACUGCAAAAUCCAAAAAUUCUCCCUGUUUCUUGACUCUACAUUUAACAUACCUUAUCUAAUGUAAACUUGUACUGUCUAUUCUUGCCUUUCUUUUUCUGGAAAAAGAGAAAAUGUAAUGUGUUCACUGUUGAUUUGUUUCCAUCCCUCUAGCCUAUGAGAAUUUCAACUCAAGAGAGAUGAGGAGGAAGUAACUAUCUGCCAUCGCCUUUCAUGUGGAGACAUUGUUAUUAAGGCUCUUUGAAAGGUAUAACUGUGUGUGUCAGGAAAAUGCCAAGAUGAGAGUGUGUUUUUUCUCCUCCUCCCCCUGAUUCCUUACUCAUAUCCUUGUCUGCCCCUUUUCAUCUCCUUUCCUCCCCCUCUAUCUUCUCUCCCUGGCACUUUCUCCUCCUCUACUCUCUCUGUUCCACCCUUUUCCUUUUCCUCCUCUGCCUCCUACAAAUUCCUUCCUUCUUCUUACCCCCUUUCCAUGUCUCCUUUGUUCCCUUCCCUUCCUCCUUUCCCCUCUUCUCCCUGCUUCUGCCCAUGUUAUCUUCUCCCCUCUUCUUCACUUCUUUCCUCAUCCCUUAAUUAUCUUUCAUUUUCUUCUCUCUUUACUCCUCUUAUUUCAGCUCCAGUUUCCUCAUUCCUCCUGAGUCUCUUCCUUCUUUGGCACCCCUUCUCUAAUUUGUCCUUCUUUCUUCAUUCCUCUAUUAUCUAUUCACCCUUCACUUCUUUGAACUCUGAUGCAUAGUUUAAACUACUGCUUUCUCCAUGCAUUUUAAUUAUUGUUCAUCAAUUCUCUCCAAUAUUUCUCUCUUCUCUUAUCUUCAGAAUUCAGACUUCUCCAACCCUUAGUGGAAUCCUGGGGAUCUGCACAGCAUUUUAGCUUUGUUCAUUUCCUCCUCUCCCUCCUUUUCAUAUUUCACCACCACCUCCAAAGAAUCAAAAUAACUUCUAAAAAAUAUAAAAUAGCUAAUAACUAACAACAACAACAACAGUAAGAACAGACUUUUAUCACCACAAGAUAACUCUGGAGAUUCUUAGAAGUUCCAGGCCCACCUGGCUGGCUUCCGAGUUUUAUUGCCCCAUUUGCUGUGAACUUCAUAGCGACUGACCAUAGCAGUACUGAGAACAGGUUAUCAUCAUCUCUUUAGAGUGUAUGUGUGUUUCUGCAUCAAUAUCAUUCUCCCCACUCAUCUUCCCUUUCUUCUCAUCUUAAUCAUUGUCUUUUUACCAAGGACAUGUUAUUCAAGUCCUUUUAAUCCUUCAGUUUCCUCUGAAAAGUGGCAAGCCAGGGGCAUAAAGCAGAUUAACUGGAGUUUAGCUUCUAGCUAGUCAUCCUACCUGAUGAAAGCAAAAAUUGGCUAAUUUGAAGUCAGAACUCCAGGAAUCUAUGGAAAUUUUCCAUACUUGCUAAAGUAUUGCAUCCCUUUUUUAGAUCAAGAAAAAUUUGAGGGGAAAGAAGUGUAGUUUAAUCUCUGCUUCUUUCUAUUUUCAUUUUCAUGAAUGAAUGUUUUAUCUCUUUUCCCUUCCCACUCUCACCACCAAAAUAAAAAAAAAACACUAAAAAUACUAAAAAGAACUAUAUUUACAUAAGUACAGGACUACAUAUUUAGAGAAGUCCUGGACUAAAUAGAUAACCACAUCUCCUGGUGGCAUCAUUGUAAAUUGCACAUUCACCUUUCAGCUUCAGCUAUUUUUGAAAUUGGUAGUCUUUGUGAGUGGUGAGCUCUGCUGAUAUUUUUUUUUUAUUUCUCAUUAUGUAAAUCCUCAUUCUUCUAAGGACAGAUUUGUCUUUCUCAUUCUCCUUUUAGCAGGAUGGAUACAUCCCAGUACAAUCAGGCUGAUGGUCUAAGACUCUGUUUCUUCAUGAGGAGAAAGCAGAGUGAAAAUGCCCUGAGGUAGCCAGUGCUCCUUGAAGGAAUUAUACCUUGCUCUGAUAUGUUUCUUUACCUACUUAGACUUAAGAGAAGUUCAGAUAAAAGAGUUGUCAUUAUAAUUUAAAUGACUACUGUGCUAUUGUAUGUUCACUUAGUGCUCUCCUUUCCAGGAACACUCCUCCCUAUUCCCACCUUUAUCCUCCAAAGAAUCAGACACUCCCCCACACACACUUCAGUAAAGCUGAAUAUCUGGGAUGUUCCAUGCUUGACAGAUGAUCCAGCUUGCUGCCUCAAAUUUCCCUACCCAUCAGCUUUGGUGAUAUACAUGAUGCUUGAAGAAUUGGGCCCCUUGGUAGUUUGAAUUUUUUGUGGGGUUUGCUUAGAUUCUUUUCAGCAGCAACUAAUCUGAACUCAACACCCAGCCAAGUCUGGGGGUGCUACCAUUGUAAGUAGCUUCUGGCUGAGGGGAACUUAUUUAAUUGGAAUAUGGUGCUAAUGAGUACUAGGUCGUAGGCUCUAACCCAUGUGCAGCCAUUUAGCUUUGUGGGUUUGAGCAUGGUGCUAAAGAACUAUGGGAUUGUGGUUUCAAAACCCCAUAUGUGUCUGUUUACAGACUGCACCACUCACCCUGGCCAGCCUUUUUCUGAACAUGGGUUAUCAGCCAUCUGGAAGACCCAGCAAAACUGUUUGAAUAGCCCUGCAAAAUUCAUUUUCACUUCUGAGAAACAGUUUAAAGUGUAUUAACUACUGAUAGUGUUUUAGCAGUAUCACCUUCUUGUCAGAAGGACACCAUUUUUUGAAAUGUAUAGUUGAACAGCAAUGAUGGAUGGGAGAAGUUGCCAAAUUAUCCUUUUUCGUACAUACAAGCCUUUGUCCAAGGCCAUGAAACCGUACUGUGGUCUAAUCCAAGACAUUUAAAGAAAUGCUUUGAUGAAACUAAGAUUUAUAUGAAGCUGUUCCAAUGCCACACCUCACUGGUUAUGUUUGGACUAGAGGAAUUUAUCUCCUGACACAUAUAUCUGAGAUGCUGGUAGUCAAUUUUAAAUGUUACUUAUUUGUAUAUGUAUAACAUAGAUUCACUCUUAGAUAUUCUGAACUGAAGGCCUUUUUCAUUGAAAAUUCCCUCUCAUCCUGUACUUAUCUUUGUGUGUUGUCAUACAUAUACUCACUCACACAUAUGCAUGCAUUCACACAUAUACAUAAACUCACACAUACACCUAUACACACCUACACACAUGCACAUAUGUGAACACAGGAAUACACCCACAUAUAUAAGAUUACAUAUAUGCGUAUACAUACAGAAAAAAUGUACACAAAGACUUAUUAUAUUUUAAAAUAAACGUGGCCAAAUCCUUUCAUAAUGCAUAUUCCAAAUCUAAAUUUUAAUUUUUAGUCACCCUUUCAGUCAAUUAUCUGUUUGAGUAAAUGAACUCUGUGAUCUUUUCAAAACCAUCAUCAUUUUUCUGGGUGAUUAGAUUACUAUUUUGUACAUUGUUGUAGAUGCUGACACUAUGUUAUUAAAAUCUGGGUAGCACUCACACUUCUAGCUUAUAACAUGGUAAAUGUCCUACUAGCAAAUGCAUAUAAUAAUACCAAUUGGAUAUUUAUUAUUCAAAAGAAAAUAUACUUAAUUUUAUGCUUAAACACACAUAAAAGCAAACCCUUAAAUUGGAAGUAGGAACUUGAAUACACAUGAGCAUAAACAAUUUAUGCACAUAUAAAUUACAAAAUGUACACAGAAUAUACACUAUACACAGACAAAAAAAAAAGGUACACAUAGAGCUUCAAGAAACCCUUACCAUAAAAAGAAUCUUGCUGACCCAUGCCAGGAAAGAAAAGAUUAAAUGCCUAAGUUGUAAUUUUCUAAUACAAUGAGGAAUUCAUAAAGACAAUGAGAUCUGUGGGCUCAAACUCUUGUUAGCAUAUAUAAUGCAGGAAGAACAGAAGGCUGAAGUCCCUUUGCCUACUUUGCGAGGAACUUUUUAAGCUUGGGUGUUACCUAUGCUCCAGGAAAGUUACAUGCCUUAAUAUCAGCAAGUGACUACCAAGAAUCAUAAUUACAAAUCUGGACCAUCUGCUUCCUUCUUUGCCAUUGCUGAAGGCUGUUGACAUCUCUAGACUAUGAGACAAAGCCUCAUUGAUGGACACUGUCAUCCUUCAGGCCAUGUGAGGAAGGAAAGGAGAUGGAGCCAGUCUGGAUAGUUUGAGAGUGGGGGUAAAGUUUAUUCUGAUAACUCUUGUUCAGAGUUUUCUGUGUCUAGUUCAACCUUCCUGUCCUUGUAAUAAUAAUAGAACUAUUUUAUAUGUGAUUAUGACUUUGUGAUUCUCAAAGUUAAGACCUUUUGGUGUUUUUCAACGUGUUUGUUGUCAAUGUUUUUCCCCACAUUGAAAAACUAGAAACUGUUAGGGGGUCUGGAUAAGACUGCAGAUUUCAUUUGUAAAUAUGCUGGUGAAUUGGGUAGAUGCUCUGAAAAACAACAAAACACUGGAAAGGAGACUUUUUAUAUUCUAGGAAAAGCUUGAUGCUGAAAGAAACAGCAUUAUCUGGAUGCCCAAGGUGGGUACUAGGAAAAACUGUAGAUUUUAGCUUGAAGUGCGUAUCUUGACAUAACAGAUACAUAUUCUGAAGAAAGUGCCCAUAUUUAGAUUUAUGUAAAUAGGUGUAUGUUAGCUAGACAAGUUGAAAUGUUAUAGCAGAAUUUAAAAUUAAGGAGUAAAUCUAGCUAUUCUUUUGGGAUUCUAUCCUACUAGAAAUAAAGUUGUCACUGGUUUGAGUAUUUUUAUGAAAUGAUCGAAAUGACAUCCAGGAGAGAUAUACAGAUCAAGCUGACCCACAAGACCUUUGCUGUAGAGGAUUUCCCCACUCAAAAUACUGAUCUCAAGGUAGUGUAAAGCCUUCAUUAAUAGUUGGGAAACUCUGAAUACUCUUUUUGUUGCUUUAACCAAGAGGUUGUGUUUGUGAAGACCUUUGUACCUGUAACUUGGAACUCAAAUAGGAAAGUUUAAUAUUUAAAAAUCCUUUUAAAUGCAAAUAAUAAAUAUAAAAUAACCCGUAAAGAAAGAAAGAAAGGAAAUUAUCUUUUAGACUGUAUAAGGUAGUUAGUGCAGUUUAUUAUCUACUCCAGCACCUACCUAAUCAGUGCUUACUGGACUCUCCAUGAGAUGAAAAUGAACUUGAUAUCUUAAUGACUUUCAGCUUUUCAGCCUUUUCCACUGCUCUGUCCUUGCUCACAAGCUCUAUGGAAUGAUGGAAACAUCCUAUGUGCACAAUUUUAUCCCACACUAGAUAUAUGGUGUAUAUGUCGUUGUAGUGUGGACUGCAAGACUGAAGACUCCCAGGGAAGAACACUGUGAAUUUGCCACAUUUUCUGUAUGCAAGCUGCAAUAGCAGUGUUUAAAUGGCACAGAAAAUAAUGCUCCUUGCAAAGAUACUGACAAACUGCAAUGGGACAUCCUGACAAAGGAGAAUGAGAGAAGUCUCACCUUGUUCAAUAGAAGAAUCGACAUUAUUUUGUGAUCCCAAUAGGGAUACCUGCAUUACUUAUUUUCUUGUUACUGUGCUUUAAAUAUGCUCUACUAAUGUCCCUAUUCCUCUGUACCCUCAUUUAAUGUUUGAAUUUGGAUUCUGUGUUGGGUUGGGGAGGGAGCACAGGGUAGGGGAUAGUGUAGUGGGGUGGGAGCAUGGGAAGUAGGAGUAGAUUAGAAUAUAUAUGUGUUCACACAGUAAAUAAAAAUAUUUGUUUAAAACA